AAUUUGAUAAGCUCCUCCUUUUACUGUAAAUGCAUGCCAACUGUUGCUCCCUUGUCGAGUGAAGAGGUGAAGAGGGAACGUUACUAAGUGCUUGAUAUGUUGCUAGUACGAGCUGCUCUUGUACUAGCUCUAGUUAUCAUCGGGGCUGUAGCUGAUGACGGUAUACCACCAAGAAAGAAAUGUGAUGUCAUUGUUUUGCCCUCGGAUGAUGACCCAAAGAUCAUUUACUAUCAGUUAAAAAGUGAUACUAAUGCAACUCACUUUGUCUGGGGCCUACAAGAUAUUCCAUCACUCUUCAUGAGUGUGACUGGUCCUAAUUCAACCUGUCUUACUGCUGAAGAAUUCAAUAAGACGAUCGACUGGGACAAGUUCUUAGGCGAUGAUGAUAAUUGUACUGAUCCUUGUGAGAUGUGGCCAGAGCCUUGUAACUGUACAUGUAACUAUGGUGCUUUGAGUAUCCCUGGACAAGAUGGAGAGUUUGCAUUUGCUCUUACUUUUAACUCACUCGUUGAGUUUUAUGAUUCUCACAGUAAAGCUAAUAAAGCUUUCAACCCAAAGAAUUGGACUAUGUCAAAUCUUUACUCCAAUUAUUCUCUUGCCAAUCUCAAGUGGACUUUCAAUAAAGACAUUAAUCAACUUAUGACUUCUGGUCCUGGUGGAUUGACAUGGUACAUCAAUUUAAAUGUUCCCACAGAAGGAGGUCGACUAGAUUAUUUCCCUAAGACACUCUACACCAUCAACUCAACGACUUUUGAUUUCAUCUUUCAGAAUUUCCCCUACCAAUUACACAUUGGUAACAAUGCCAGCCGGCUUGUACUGGACGUCACCAUUGUCCACGGUCCACUCUCCAGUGGCAUCCUUACGUCCCGGAUACCACUUCUCCUCAUCAUAUUCGGGUCCAUUUAUGUUGCCUUCAAAAAGAAAGUGUGGCAGAAAUGCAGCAAAACAGGCUACACCAAGAUGACCAACGAGAAGGAAGAUGAAGACGAAAUUAAAGCAAAUGGGGGUGAUAAAAUUAAUAAAGAAUAA